AUGCCCAUGCUUGGCUUUGGCACUGCAGCUAUACCCCUCCCACCAAAUGAUGAACUCAUCCCAGUGUUCAUUGCUGCCAUUGAAGCUGGCUACCGCCAUUUCGACACUGCUACUCUGUAUGGUUCUGAGGAGGCCCUUGGUCUAGCUCUGGCACAAGCACAACGCCAAGGUCUUAUUAAGAAUCGUCGUGACAUUUUUGUCACAACCAAGCUAUGGUGUUCUGAUGCUCAUCCUGACCUUGUCCUCCCAGCACUCAAGAAAUCACUGCAGAGGUUGGGACUUGAGUACGUGGAUCUUUACCUAAUCCAUUAUCCAGUGAGGUUGAGACAGGGAGUUGCAGGAAACAUUUCCAAAGGGGAUGUGCUUCCUUUUGACAUAAAAGGGACAUGGAAAGCCAUGGAAGACUGCUCUAAAUUAGGCUUAACCAAGUCUAUUGGUGUCAGCAAUUUUGGAGCAAGAAAGCUUUCAGAACUUCUGCAGAAUGUAACUAUUACCCCUGCUGUUAAUCAGGUACACAUCUUCCCGGUUAUGUAUGAGUGA